UGGUCUUGCUCUCCUUCCCUCCACGGUCAUGGGCUGAGCUGGGGGCUGUCGUCCCUGCGACGGCCCCUUUGUAACCCUGACUUCCUCCCCCUCGCUCUCGGAUCUUGGCCGGCGUUCUCGGGGGGCUGUCUGCUCACCGAGCCCGCCGGCCGAAACGAUGAGAGCGGGUGCUACCCGCAGCGUGCGGCGGGCGCCUCGGCCCACCCUCUGCACGUCCGCGGAUGCCCUCCCGACCAGGCUUUUUCGAUGGGCUUUCCACUGGUCAUGGGCUGGUUCGCCAGCCCGUCUCCCAACCCCACUGCUGCCCCACCCUAUCCAGAGAAAGCCAAUCUGCUCCUCAUGUCGGUGGAUGGCGAGGCAUAGCAACGACCCUGGGUGCCCGCCGAUUGCUGCGAGCGACGGUGCUGUUCCUUCAAUCUCAUUACACUGCUCGAGUCCGGAAAACAGGAUGCGCGACAGACCAGACGAUUGGCAGGGGAUCUCCCAGGUAUGGCGCUGAUGCCCACCGUUGUGCUGGAUUCUGCUGCGUGCUGCAUGAUGCCGAUGGCUGGAUCUUGGUCUCCUUGCCCCUGGCGCAGAGCCUGUCUCAAGAGCAGCCCACGUUGCGCGGCGGGGUCGCCCUCAGUCGUUUGCGUCUCGACGUCCGCUUCACCCAGUCAAUGUGCUGGGCAGAAUCAACAUGGCGGCCAGUGCGGCGCCCAUGGUUAGACGAUCCUCCCCCAACUCCGUUCAGGCUCCCGUCCCAAGCCCUUGCCGGUCGGCUCAGGCUGGCUCUGCAUCUGUUUGGAUCCAGAGACAUCGGCAAUAACUCAAUGAGGAGAAUGCCGAUGAGAGAUCGCUCGCGCUCUGGGUCCAAUCGGUGCCGAUGCUUGCUUGCUUCCCUUCCGCAAGACUGGCGACCGGGUGCUGAUCGUGGUCGGGUUGGCAAGUCUCCGAAGUUGAUGGUGCGACCCUGGUCAUUUCUGGCUGGUAGUCAUUCGCUUCGCGUCUGGUUCAUCGGCAAAGGCUGUUGGCGGCUUCCCCCCAACGUCGAUCCUUACUGGCACGGAUCGAGACGCUGUUUCUGAAGACAAGCUCGGGAGCCAAGCCUCCAUCUGGUUCAUGCUGAGGCUUUGAAGGACAUGAUGGCCGCCGAGAUGAGACACACGGAGCUCAAGCAUCAGAGCCAAACUUCUGCGCCCCACCAUCCGUCGUCGUAUCUUCCCCCCAUUUUUUUCCCUUCUGAAGCCAGUGAUACGGUGGAUCUGAGAUGAUGCGCAUAUCGCGAAUGCCAUGCAUCCCACAUCCCUUCCGCAUCUCUGGCUCUGACGGGUAUGCCACAACGGUCUUUUAUCGUCAAAACGAAACAGCAAGCCAUC